AUGAAUGAAUCAAAUGAUUCUUAUAAGAGUGAUGAAAAUGGAGAUUAUAUAAAUAAUCACUCGCCAACAUUCAAUACAGAACCACAGUCUCGUUCUAUUUUCUCUCUAGGGAGUAUUGUUUUGCUGGGUGCUCUUUUUUCUUUACUAUUUAUUCUUAUAUUCUUCUAUUUUAGAAUAAAUAAUAUGAGAACUGUGGCUAUUUAUAAAGAAAGCUGGUAUUAGAAGAUAUUCUAUCUUGAUAUAAUAUUUCGGGCUACCCUGUCUAUGCCAUGAGUGCUGUGGGGCAUUUAUUGAUUUUAACUUGUUCUGUUAAAUUAUUUGUACGCACAUUUAUCUAUUAUAAUAACACUUCGAAUAUAAGAAUUUCAUUUUAGGCAUUACAUUUUACAUUUAGUAAAAUUUCUUUAUAUA